AUUUCUUAUCUGGAUAUGAAAGAACUUCUUAUAUCCGGACUAAUUCCUCAUCGAGGCGAAAUCGAACUGGAAGCUACAUUUGAAAAGCGAUGGCUAAUUCUUGUAGCGUUUCAUAUUUUCAGUAAGUUUGAAAGGAAAUACGAGUGCCGACCGUUUUCGUGGUUUUGUAAUUCAACCAAUUUCAUACAAAGGACCGAAACAGGGAAGGAGGUAAUCUAUUGUCACUUAUUUUUUUUCUUUGUAGAUUUGACGCUUCAACAUAUCUAUGGCGGCAGUUUCCCACUCGUUUUAUUACAGUACCUUUGCUUAAAUACAGUCGGAAAGGCGUCCGUUGCUCAGUAUUCUGUUUGCAGAAUUGGACAGUUUCUGCGCCUGGAUGACAACGGGUCAUGGCAGCAAGAAUGUUUUCGUUUCAAAGAUUCCGUAACUCACUCACAUGACGAAAAAAAGAAAAACAUUAAGUUAUGGUGGAAGAACGAAUACAGCGACGAAGAUUAUGUGCAAUUCGUAGCAACUGUUGUGAAAGCGCAAAAGAUGUUUUGGGUCAAAGCGGUUAAGUCGGUACCAAUUCCGCCAUGUCGCUAUGAACGCAACGGCAUCCAGAACUAUUCACCGGAUCCAGUAACACCACCACCUCCGGUUCGUCCUUUUGUGGAAAGAAUUGACGUUCACGGGUACGAAUUUGGUCGCGAGCUGUAUCUCAGAGUGUCAGGCGGUGAGUUAUCAGUAAAUGGUGGAUCUGUGAGCGACUCACAUGGUUCCCAGCUUUUGCUCACAACCAGUCGUCAGGUGAAGCAGUUCAAAAUGGAAACAUUCCGAAUGUUCGAUGCACUGGAUAACAGCUUGCAGCACAAUCUCCUCGAAUACGUUCCGAACGAUGCAGACCGUAUACCAAAGCCCCAGAAAAUCCAAGACUUUUUCCGGGCUCUUGCUACUAUACCAUUCACCGCAUCGCCACAACAAAUAGCACCUGCUUUUAUUGGAAGGUUCACGCCGCCACGACAACCGCAACCUAUCCUGCCGGCAUCAACAGCAGAUGUAGUACCAGCGACACCACGGCAAACAGUUUCCGGAUUUCCACCACAACUUGUACCAUCCAUCCCUGCCACCGUAACAAAACCGUUACCACAAAUACUGCCACAAACAGUACCGAUGGCUUCACCCGUGCCAGAAAAUUUCCGCUUUACUGUUGAACAGAUGCGCGCACCAGUGAUUCCGCAAGCUAUACAACCGGUUCAUGAACGACAGCGUCUCACUCAAGUCAUCCCGGUAUCCAAUCUUGCUACCGUCCAGGCACCAACAAUAUCGAUGACAACUCAGCCUCGGCAUCAGCAGCAGCAGCCAGUUCAACCUGACUUUCGAGCACCGCCUCAGCCAUCAAACAUCGGUAAGCGCAUGCUUCUGGCAGAAAUCGCUUCUUAA